AUGUUCAAACGGCUGUUUUCGACCUCGAGGUCGCUUCUCAACGCCCAGACGUCGAGUCUGGACCCGAAGAAGCUCAAGCACAUGCAGUAUCUGCUCCAGUAUUACGACCCAAAGGUGGUGGAGUCGAUCAUGCUCGCCGAGUCGUCGAUCAAGAAAGAACACUUCGACAACAAGAAGCUGGCCACCGUUCCGUUUGGACCACACUACUUGGACGAUCUAACACAGAAGGACGCAUACUUCGACCACAUGCCAGAGAAAUCGUUCACGGACUACCUGGGCAUGAGACAACUCAAUAAGCCGGACCUACCACCGGGGGCCAAAGGAAUGGUCGACCGAUUUCUGGGAGACUACGACGGAAACGAGAUGUCGAUGGUCAUGCAAGACCUGGUGUUGUCGACGGGAUUUAGCGAGGAAUACAUCUCGAAACUUCGAAGCAAGACCCUGAUUCUCAAGAGCGUGAGAAACCAGACGUCCAAGGGAAAAAUCAGCUCUUUUUACGCCCUCGUUUGCGUGGGCGACGGAAAUGGGAUGCUCGGAGUGGGAGAGGCAAAAGACAGAGAAGACAACGUGAUGGCCGUGUUCAAGGCCCAUUGGCAGGCUGUCAAGAACAUGGCCAAGGUUCCUCUGCACGAAAAUAGAACGAUAUACGGAAACAUCGAGCACAAAUAUGUUUCCACGGUGGUCCAUUUGCGCUCGGCUCCGCCUGGUUUCGGUCUGAAGUGCAACCCAGUGAUUUUCGAGCUUGCCAGAUGCGCCGGAAUCAAGGACCUCGGUGCCAAAGUGUAUCGUUCCAGAAAUAAGAUGAACGUGGUGAAGUGCGUCACUGAAGCUCUGGUCGGACAGCGCACCAUCUCGGAUAUCGCCCUCGAGCGCGGAAAGAAGGUUGUCGAUCUCAGAGGCAUGUACUACUCGGCGUCCUGA